AUGGACAAGGAAAUCCUGGCAGUCCAUUCAACGUUGCAUCUAAUUUUCCAUCGCAAUAAAAAUCAGCAUCGUCGAACCAAAUGGUGGAAAUGGCUAUCCAUCUUGAAACGUGCCACCUUGGAUUUCGCCCGAUCGGGGGUAAAAUCCCACCUGGCCACCGUUAUCCCCAGAUGUUACAUCGCUUUUUCAACUGUCGUUGCCGAUAAUCAGUUCUCUACACUGGGAAUCGUGUUGCUAGCUACAUUGGCGCGACUGUCCAAAAUUACCGAGAUCAGUCACCAGCUGAAGAUGCAACCUGUGAGCCAGUCCAAGAUUAUUCCAGUGGCAAAGGAAGAUCUUGGGGAACGUAUUCGUCGGAUUGACACUGUGCAACUUGCCCCAGUCAAGAUUUCCAAGUCGGAUUCCAAGGCCUCAAAGGUUUCCAUGGAAAAACUAAAAGACGUUUCAAAACCAACGAAAAAGAAGAAGAAGAAGAAGAACGCCAUCGAUGAUUUGUUCAGCGGUUUAUUUUGA